AUGCCCGCGUUAACACCACCCACCCCGCCCAACCCCAACAAGGCAUACUUCGAGGAGGACCUGUACUUUGGGCCUCGCAAAAUCACGGCCCUACUAAAAGGCCCAGCUACGCUUUUAGGCCCUACCGUCGGGGGCACUACUUCAGGCUUCUACCUAAAGGACACUACCGCCUACUUCGGGGCCUACGAAAAGGCGUACUUUGGGCCUACUAAGGGCCUACGAAAGGCUACUGCGCCAUACUCAGAAGGCCUACUAAAGGCCUACUUUCUAGGCCUACUAAAGGCCUACGUUGGGCCUACUUCAGGCCUCCUGCCUACUUUGGGCCUACUUUGGACCUACUUUGGGUCUACUUUGGGCCUACUUCGGGCCUACUUUGGGCCUACUUUGGGCCUACUUUGGGUCUACUUUGGACCUACUUUGGGUGUACUUUGGGCCUACUUCAGGCCUACUUUGGGCCUACUUUGGGCCUACUUCGGGCCUACUUCGGGCCUACUUUGGGCCUACAUCCUGCCCCCUUUAACCCCCCUUAUCCCCCCCCAUAGCCUAAACGAGGCCUCCUUCCAGCCGUCCCCGUCGGCGCUGUGCGGCCCCCCGCUCCCGUCUCCUCCGCCAUCUUACCUGCGCGGCGACUUCUCCCCCUCGGCUCGGUUCUUCGUCACCGUGGCGGUUCUGGCCUUCCUCUAUUCGGCCGCCGCCAUCGUGGCCUACCUGGGAUGGAUGCACAGAUACAGGGCCGGGGGGGGGGCCUGGGCGCUGUCCAUGGUGCUGAAAUGGCGCUGCUCUCCAGUGGGAUCAUGCUGCUCCCCAACCCCCACUUUGGGUCCCUACAACCCAUUUAGAGCCCCCCAACCCCAUUUUAGGACCCCCCCAAACCCCCAUUUCCCCCCAUAUUUCCCCCCCCAGGACCUGGCCGUGACGGCUUUGCUGGCGUUCCUCUGGCUGUGCAGCUCUUCGGCGUGGGGCAAAGCCUUGACUGACAUCCACAGCUCCGUGGGGUCCCCCCUGCCCCAUUGCAGCCCCCCCAACGUCACCUGCGUCCCCGGGGACGUCACCUCCAUGAGAUCCCUCAGCGUCUCCGUGAUUUUAGGGUUCCUGAACCUGAUCCUAUGGGUCGGCGGCUGCUGGUUCGUCUAUAAGGAGACCCCGUUCCAUCGCCCCCCAUCUGCCGGCCCCACAACCGCCCCCGGUGCCAUAUAAACCCCCCCCCCAGCCCCAUAAGUGUGGGGCAGCCCCACUCCGUGACCCCAAAUGGGGGCACCGCUGUCAGCACUGCCUUCUUUUGUAUCCUAUGGGGUGAUUUGGGGUCGCUGUGGGGUGGGGGCUGCUAUGGGGCAGAGAUGCUAUGGGGCAGAGUGGCUAUGGGGUCAGGUUGCUAUGGGGUGAGGGAUGCUAUGGGGUGAGGGCUGUUAUGGGGUCAGGUUGCUAUGGGGUCGGGCUGCUAUGGGGUUGGGUCUGCUAUGGGGUCAGGCUGCUAUGGGGCAGAGCUGCUAUGGGGCAGAGCUAUGGGGUGGGG